GGUCCCCGGGAACCAACAUCGGAAGUAGCUUUGCUGCAAGAUUCCGUCGGCUGCGCUAUGGCGGCGAUACCCCCAGACUCCUGGCAGCCACCCAACGUAUACUUGGAGACCAGCAAGGGGAUCAUUGUGCUGGAGUUGUACUGGAAGCAUGCUCCGAAGACCUGUAAAAAUUUUGCUGAGUUGGCAUGUCGAGGUUACUACAAUGGCACAAAGUUCCACAGGAUCAUCAAAGACUUCAUGAUCCAGGGAGGUGACCCAACAGGAACAGGUCGAGGUGGUGCAUCUAUCUAUGGCAAACAGUUUGAGGAUGAACUUCACCCAGACUUGAAAUUCACGGGGGCUGGAAUCCUCGCCAUGGCCAACGCAGGGCCAGACACCAACGGCAACCAGUUUUUCGUGACGCUUGCCCCUACCCAGUGGCUUGAUGGCAAGCACACCAUUUUUGGCCGUGUCUGCCAAGGUAUAGGAAUGGUGAAUCGAGUAGGAAUGGUGGAAACAAACUCCCAGGACCGCCCUGUGGACGACGUGAAGAUCGUUAAGGCGUACCCUUCUGGGUAGGCUUGCUGCUCUCGAGGGCACGCCUGGAUCUUCCGGGAUGGCCCCAGUGAACCAGCUUCUGGAUGACCUAGAGUGACAUGUACUUAAACUUCAUUU